UGAGGCAAACAAGCACCAACAUACAACCGGUGUCUCAGCGCAGAUGACCCAAUACUUAGUAUUCUUUUAUUAAGUCGAUAACGUAUCACAGAGAUAAGACUUCAGCAAGACGGUCGUCUUCUUCUCCGCCUCCAGUCGAAGAUAUCUUAUCGUGGCUGAAACUUGUCUCCAUCGCAGUCGUUGUCUGUCUUUCGAAUUGGUUUAGCAUAAGCCAAGGGUGUAGAGCAAUUGGGCACAAGAAAACAAGCACCACAUUGCCAGAAGAACCGACCCGGAGAUGAUGUCCAAGCUAUUCGACGAGACUAGUUCCGGCAGUGGAAACGCUACCCGUAAUGCGUUGCUUCUGGCGGCCGGAGUUGGGGUAGCCACCUUAGCCGGUUAUGGCAUCUACAAGUUGGCGCUGAAAUACCUGGAAAAUGUUCCACCCAAGGAAUGGCGUCGAGUGGGCGAGAUAACGGACCUUCAUGUCUACCCCAUCAAAUCAUGCGGGUCUGUUCGCGUCAGCGAGAUCAACUGCUCCAACAUGGGACCGCGUAUUGCGCUGCUCCGGGACCGUAUCUUUAUGGUGGUUCAAACUGAUGGAACGUUCAUCACCGGCCGGAGUCAUCCAUCUAUGGUAAUGGUUCAACCACGUUUCGACGACAAGCACGAAACGAUGACCCUGUCCGCUCCAGGGAUGAUGGACAUCAGCGUAGAUGUUAAGCGUCUGCUAUCGGUAGAACCGGUCAAGGCAUCGGUUUGGGGUCAGACUGUCACUGCGGUGGACUGCGGAGAAGAAGUAGCCCGGUGGUUGUCCCGAUUCUUGCUCAGUGAAGACUUCGGUCUACGUUUGGUGUUCUAUCCGUUGGACUACCCUACCCGGGAUGUGAGAGAGAAAAACAAGAUUCACCUGAAAUUGACAGCUAGAGAUUCUGGAGCCCUGCACGACGCCACCAGCUAUAUGCUGCUUUCGGAAGCGUCGGUUACCGAUGUGAACUCCAGGUUGGAGAAACCGGUAACGGCUCUGCAGUACCGACCGAACAUGGUUGUGAAGGGACCCGGGGCAUUCGAGGAAGACGACUGGAAGUGGAUCAAGAUUGGAGAGACGAUUUACAAAAAUGUUAAACCCUGCACCAGAUGCAUCUUCACUAACGUCGAUCCGGAAACCGGUAUACCUAGCCCACAAGGCGAACCACUUAAAACCUUGAAAACCUACCGCAAGAAGCCCGGCCUCGGCGAUUCACCGGUUGUCGGCAUGCAGAUGGGCAUCCGCAAGGAGGGCACCGUUCGAAUCGGUGAAACGGUCUACAUUGGAUGCUAACGUUACGUUCCGGACCAUAUCGCUAUCGUCGUCAUCUUGACUAGCUGCCAUUCCUCACUUUUUAUAUAUGUUUUCUUACGUUGUGUGACUUGCUGUUCACGUGAUUGAACAGACUCGGUAUAGGAGCUCAACAGUAUUUUGCUUUUUUAUGCAAAUCAAUCCGCAUGUUAUGUAA